GAGGAGAAGAUGAUGAAGAUGAUGAUGGAAAAAAGGAUGAAGAUAAUUAGAGAAAAAAAUUGAUGAAAAAAGAGAUGAUGCUCAUGAAUCGAGUUUUUUUGUAUCUUUUCCAUUCUUUGGCAUCUUCAUGAUGAUCUUGAUGAAUUUCAGUUGAAUGAAAGAUAAUAAUGAUAAUGGUGAAAACAAGGGGAGGGUUAAGGUUGAGGUUUCAUGAUGAUGAUGAUGAUAAAGAUGAGGUGUUAUUUUGAAAUGAGCCAUUGAAUCAUUUUCAGCUCAUCUGAUUUUAUUGUGAAACUUUCAAGUUUAUUGAGUUUUGAUUCAUCAUAAUUUUUUGAAAAUUGAUUGUGAACAAUUCAAAUUUUACAUAAUUAACUGUGUGUUAAAAUCAGUUAUUAUAAAUUAGACAAAUUAGUGAUUAUUUGACUUGUGGAUAGUUAAACUAAUUGUGAUCAUUUGGACCAUUUUAAUUUCGUUGAGAUGUUUUUCUGGAAUAGUUUCUGAUCAACUUUAACUGAUAACCUAAAAACUUUAUAAAUCAAUCACUCAUCAUUGUGAAGAAUCAGUUAAUUGUGAUUAAAUUCUUGUGAGCUUUAUAUCUUGCGAUAAUUAGAAAUGAUUGGAUUGAAUUAUUUCCAUCAACAGAUACAAUCUUUUCGUUGUCUGUUAUUAUUAUUGAUUGGUUGCUGUUUUCUAAAUAAUAACUUCAUAUCUUGCAUAUCGUUUGCUAAGCCAUCAUCAAGCUUACAAGCUCACGGUAAUAACUACAACCAUCUUCGUCGAUUUUGGGUUGAAACUGAUGAAACAUCACCAGUAAGCUCAAUCAAUCAACAUCUAUCAACAUCAGAUGAUAACUUUAAUCCUCAAUUAAGCGCAUUAAUAGUAAAUGGCCAGAAAUCAAAUUUACUAACUGAUUCAGAUAAUAGAUACGAGAAGAUUUACUUGAAAUUCAUCUCAUCCCUUCCAGCAGUUCCAAGAUACCCAAAGUUUGUUCCUAAAUUUAAUAAAAGGUUUUUUCUGACAGAGUCAGUGACCAAAAGUGAACCAAAGUUCUGGGAGGAUGAUCAAUAUGAAUCUCCUGCAAGAGGAAGAGGAAGUUCUAGUGUUCAAAUGUUAACAAAAGCAACAGUAACUGAAAGAAUUCCAUACAACCUUAAGCUUUUAGAUGUUGAUAAUAAUUCCAACAUUAGAUCAUCUUUAUCUGAAGUUAAAACAUCAUCACCAUUAACUGUUCCGAGUUCAGAAUUUACCGAGUCUCCAACACACUUUGGUUUCUUACAACAUCCUCGUUCACCUCUUUCGUCGUCUUUUUCAUCCAUAAACUAUGAAGAUAAACCUCGAGAUCGAAGCUCAUUCCUUAAACGUAAGACCUGGAACGACAUUCUAUCAGAUUUUACAAGUAGCACAUCGACAACUUCAUCCCCUUUACAUUUAUUAUCUUCCUCGAGAGCAAGAAAACGACAUCAACUGGCCAGUGAUUUUUUCACCAAAGAACCAUCACCAUCAACAUCAACAUCAUCCUCUCCAACUUACUCUCAACUGCUAUCGGAGAGUACAAACGUAGCCACAGAUACAACUCCUUUUGACAAUUGCCGAACGAUAGUUAAACAGAUCACCGAAAUACCAGGAGCUAGACCCAAGAAGAUUGUCAAGCUAAUACGAACUCGAAGAGGUUCAGUUCCAGUUGCAGUUGGUUCAACAGGGAAGCAUCUUUUAACUAUGUACAUGACAAAGAACUGUACUGAUCCAGCUCAGAAUUUUCAGUUCUCUGAUGUAAAUCCUGAUCAAUAUACUAAAUUAUCAUCAGGAGUUCAUAGUUCAAAGACGAUUAAAGUUUCAAUCUAUCGACACAAAUCACAAAAUCACCUUAAAUCAUUCCCUGGAGCCGAGACGGAAUUGGAUUCUGAUUACUGAUCUAUCAACAGCAUUGUAAAAAUAUUAACCAAUAAAAGCAAAUAAACAUUAAUUAAAAG